ACAGACGUCGCUUGCAUGCGAUGCGCAAGGGAACCGCCGCCCUCAAGCGUCAGCAGGUGGCGCAGCUGCGCCAGCACCACCAGCAGCUGCUGGCCGCCGCCCCGGAGCUCGCACUGGCCUCCUCCUCGCGCCUGGCUGCGGCCCUGAUCUCGUCGGCGGUGGCCCUGAGCGCCUCGUCCUCGAGCCUUGUAAAUAAUCAUCACCACGGCCAUAUGCAGCAGCCGCCACAGGCGCGCCAUCACCAUCAUCCGGCAACAUCUCACAGGCAUCAUCACCAUCACCACCACCACUCACAUCACCACUCGCACCAUCAUCAUCAGUGUCGCUCGAAACGCAAACUGCAGAAAUUGUAUUAUACGCUUUGCCGUUAGAUCUGUAACUUAACUAUAUCUAUGUAUACUUGUAUGAGAGAAUGUUUCUUAGAACCACCAGCAUCAUCAGCACCUAGCCUAAGUCGAUUCACGCCUGUCACGACCCCUAUUAUAUGUCCAGAGCUUCGUACCUCCUAUUUGUAUAUGUAUUUAUUUAUUCCAAUUUUUUUCGUAUUCCUACGCAUCUCAUUUUCGUAAUUGUCCCCAAACUGAAAGAACAAUCUCAUCAGUGCAAUAAUAUACAUACAUCUUAUAAUGUAUAUUGAUAUAUAUAUAUAUUGAUAUGCUGAUUUUAAAAUCAUCUCUUAUUUUAUACAAACACUCCAAUCUAUUUAUUUGUAAUUGAAAAAGAUUUUGUGAUUUGCGCACAUGAUAUGAACUUCGCAGAGCAUCCACUGUAAUUGUAGCGUGUCUCAAGCAAUUUUCGUUUUAAGUACCCCAAGGAAUUUAUAUAUCACCCGCACAGACGCAUUAACCUAACCAACCCGAACACACACCCCACAAAGCCCUCUGAUUAAGUAUUACUUAGCGUAUGUAAGCCUUACUUUAAGUUGCAACUGGCAAGAAAACCACAACAAAAUGUACUUUACUUAGGCCGAUCCUCAGUUUCGAUCGCGAACUGGGAUCAAAGUAUCAAAUUUGUGAGACGAGAAUCCGCAAUAGCAAUAUUCUCGUCCAGGCAUAGUAUACGUAGUUUUAUCUGAUUGUGCUGGGCAAGUCAAUGAAGUAGAGCUGUAAAAAAUCUAUGGUACUAUCGAUAAUAUCGAUUGUAUUUCGAUAAUAUUAAUAGUACUAUCGAUUAUAUCGCGAUAGUAUUACAAAAAUGGUGCUACCAUCGAUGUUUUUGCAGCUAUAGAAUAAAGUACUCAAUGCGAAUAAAGUGAAUAUUGCCAAGUCA